AUGAGGGAUUAUGAGCAAAGCUUGUAUCCAGACAGUGGGAUAUCAAGGUUAUCUUUCAUUGUCAAGUUGUUUCAAAUGAAAUGUCACUAUAGAUGGAGCAACAAUUCAGUUGAUGCUUUGUUACUCUUUUUAAAAAGCAUAUUUCCAAAGGAAAAUUCUUGUCCAACUUCAUUUUAUGAUGCUCGAAAAGGGAUUUGGGAUUUGGGAUUAGAUUACAAAAAGAUAGAUGCUUGUGUGAAUGAUUGCAUUUUGUUUCGGGGCCAAGCAUAUGCUGAUCUUGAUGAAUGUCCAAAGUGUAAGCAAUCUAGAUGGGUGAAGGAGAAGGGGAAUGAAAAUGAUGACCCUCGUAAGAAGGUGCCCCAGAAGAUACUAAGAUACUUUCCGUUAAAACCUAGGCUUCAAAGGAUCUUCAUGUGUGAAGAAACAGCGCUAGCAAUAAGGUGGCAUAAAGAGAAACUACUUGAUGAUGGAGUCCUAAAAUACCCAGCAGAUUUGAUGGCGUGGAAGACAUUUGAUGAGGAGCACGAAGGGUUUUCACGUGAUGAUAGAAAUAUCAGGCUUGGAGUUGCUAGUGACGGAUUCAAUCCGUUCGGCAAUAUGAACAUUUCCUAUAGUACAUGGCCAGUUGUUCUCAUUCCAUAUAACUAUCCUCCAUGGAUGGUUUUGAAACAUUCAAAUUGGAUGUUAUUUCUACUUAUUCCAGGCGCUAAAUCCCCUGGCAAUUCUAUUGAUGUAUACUUAGAACCGUUAAUUGAAGAGUUGAAAGAAUUGUGGGAAGAGGGUGUUGAAACAUUUGAUGUGGUUCAGAAACGAAAUUUUCGAUUGUCUGCUGUAGUUUUAUGGACAAUAAAUGAUUAUCCAGCUUAUGCCAUAUUAUCUGGUUGGAGCACUAAAGGUGCACUAGCAUGUGCGUGUUGCCACAGAAAAACUAGUUCUAAAAGGCUGAAACAUGGACACAAGCAUUGCUAUAUGGGUCAUCACCGCUAUUUGCCGUAUGAUCAUCCGUGGCGAAUGAAUAAGAGUUCAUUUGCCAAUACUAGGGAACUUGGCGAAGCACCUAAGCCACUUUCUGGUUAUGAUGUCCUAGAAGAAUUCAAGACUUUUGAACAAACGGAGUUUGGGAACACUACUAAAAAGAGAAAGAAGUCUGAGCAUGACAAGGUGGCUGGAAAUUGGAAAAAGAAAAGCAUUUUCUUUGAGUUGUCUUAUUGGAAGACAUUAUUGUUACGGCAUAAUUUAGAUGUAAUGGAUAUAGAGAAGAAUAUCUUCGAUAAUAUACUGGGUACACAGCUAAAUUUAGAUGGAAAUACAAGGGACAAUCUUAAUGCAUGA